CACAGAUAUGGCUGCUGUUUGACGAAGUGGACUGAACUCCGGGGAGAGAGAAACUUACGUAUCGAUCCCGUCACGUCAGUGUAGAUCAGUCUGUAUAGAUGCGUGUAUCGAUCCGCUCAGCCUGAGUUGAAGCAGCGAUGAGUUCAGCUCAGUAUCUGAGAGAGUUCAUCAAGGAGAGACUAACUGCUGUUUGUGAAGAAAUCUUCUCAGAGGUUCAAAAAACCAUCGUCCAGUAUGAGGAGGAGAUCAACCGUCAGCACAGACUGCUGGAUAUCAGCCGGAAACCCGACAGAAACUCACACAUCAUAGACCUCCCACAAAAUCAUGACUGUGAGGAAGAGGAGGGUCUGGAUGAGCAGCAGGUCUGUAACCAGGAGAGGAACUCCAGUCUGGUCCAGGAGGACCCAGAGCCUCCACAGAUUAAAGAGGAACAGGAGGAGCUCUGCAGCAGUCAGGAGGGAGAGCAGCUUGGACUGAAGCAAGAUGAAGGCAUUAUCGUCUGGUCCAGGGAAGAGCAGAUUAGACUGCUGGGGACCAUCUGCAAACCUGAGAUAAAGUUACACAGAAUAGACCUCCAACAGCAGCAUGUCUGUGAUGAGGAGAAGGUUGUCAGAGGUCAGCAGGUCUGUAACCAGGAGAGGAACUCUAGUCUGGACCAAGACGACCCAGAGCCUCCACAGAUUAAAGAUGAACACGAGGAACUCUGCAGCAGUCAGGAAGGACAGCAGCUUGGACUGAAGCAGGAGGCUGAUGCCUUCAUGGACACUCUUGUUUAUCAGGAAAGUUACCACAGUGAACUGGAAUCAAACAGUGGGCAGCUCCUUUCUCACAGCUCUCCUGAAGUAGAAAGCAAGCAUGUAGUCUCAGGAUCAGCUAGAAAUAUAGCGCUAAAGAGGAGGAGACGUCUCAGACUUGCUGACACAAGGGAAAAGUCUCUAAAAUGUGACACAUGUGGAAAAGCAUUUCACUUCCAAUCCCACCUGAGUGCACAUCUUAGAGUUCACACAGGUGAGAAACCGUAUUCUUGUAGCACCUGUGGGAAAAGAUUCAGCCACAAAUCAGCAUUGGAUAAUCAUUUAAGACGUUACACAGGCGAGAAGCCAUAUCUUUGUAUCACUUGCGGGAAAAGAUUUGUUCAGAAGUCUCAUUUGGAGCGUCAUGUGAGAAUUCAUACAGGUGAAAAGCCGUAUCCUUGUAUCACCUGUGGGAAAAGAUUUAAUCAGAAUUCAGAGCUGCAACGUCAUGUAAGAAUUCACACAGGUGAGAAGCCGUAUUUUUGUAAAACUUGUGGGAAAAGAUUUGCUGACUCAUCAGGACUCAUAAAACACAUGAGAUUUCACACAGGUGAGAAACCAUUUUCUUGUGGGAUCUGUGGAAAAAGUUUUAGUCAGAAAUCAGCAUUGGAAACUCAUGUAAGAACUCACACAGGCGAGAAGCCGUAUUCUUGUAGCACUUGUGGGAAAAAAUUCAAUCAGAAAUCAGGAAUGAAGUCUCAUGCAAGAAUUCACACAGGUGAGAAACCACAUUGCUGUAGCAGGUGUGGGAAAACCUUUAGCCAGGGGACACACUUAAAGAAGCACAUGAGAAUUCAUACUGAUUAAAAGUUUAAAGCUUAGAACAUGUGGGACAGCUGUUAGUCAUAAUAGAGUGUUGGUUGUUGAGCUCACACUGAGCAGAAGUCAAACCACUGCAACACCUGAGUGAAAAGAUGAAUCAUAUUCAGGUCAGUAUUAUGUGGGUUCUAUUCCAGGAAGCAGGUUUAACUAACAACUGCAAGUUUGCUAAUCCUGACAUGAGGGAGAGAAAGAGAGUUAACUUUAACUCGGUGUCACUCACCAGGUUAAGAAACUCUUUGAACCUAACAGAUUUCAGCAGAUUUUCUUAAACAAACUAUGAAUUUGUGUAAGAAACAAGUCACUCCUCCCAUUUGCUGCACCUGAACCUGCCAACUGACACUCCAGUUAAUUUCCUCUUUCAUAAUGUUCUUAACAAUGCACAUUAAUCUGCUGGAAGUUUGUUCUUACAAAUUCUCAGUUAGAUGUUGCUUUGUAACUUUGUUUUUUUGGGAUUGAUUUUAUAAUCAUGCAGUGAAAAAUGUCAUGAUUGGGACAGCGAUUCUUGCAGAUUUAUUAAGAGCUGAGAAUAAGAGCAUAUAGUAGCAUAUACUAAUUUAGUUUCCGUAUUUCCAACUCUGACUUAGCAGGGCCAACUUUGAGUACAUUAUUGUAUUUUUGUAGUACGUCAUUGUCCUCUUUAAAGUUUUAGACCCAUAGAGCACAGGAUUAGCUAUACUUUAAAGUCAGGUUUGAAAUGCACACAGUAGACUGUCUGUGUUUUGAACAUUUCAUUUUGAAAUUUCACAGACUCACAGGACUCAGUCAUAUAAUAAUCUCAAACAAUGUUUUGAAAGGUAAAUUAAGGUAAUUUUAAAGGUAAGGUCAAUUUAAAGGUAAGGUAGAUUUAAAGUCUGUGACUUUAAAUGAAACACAUUUUUCAUUCACACUAACCCAAAUCCAUCUCACUGGGGUAUCAUAUAGCCCUUUUUCACUAGUACCCACUCUGCUCGACUCGACUUGGUUUCAGUGUUUUUUCCAUUACGCUGGAGUACCACCUACUCUGGGUGGGGUCGUUAUAGCAAUGUGGCCUAAAUUCCCGUGACGGCGUUUGUAAAUGACACAACAAAAGGAGGAUGUUAAGAUGAUGGUAUACCUGCUACCUGGUCACCACAAAAAUUACACUAAAAACGAGCGUAUAACGUUUGCCUCUACUGUUUUGUUUUAUGGAAAUCUCAAUAGAAAAAAAGAGGUUGCUACAGCCCAUCAAUGCAUGAAAUACUGGCUUGAAAUGUUUGAUUUCAUUAAAAAAUGAAAUUGUCAAACUGUGGCAAAAACAUCUUUUGUAAUUUAAUAAAAUGACUUGACUCUGUGUGCUGCUAUCUGAUGCUACGUCCAUCAGUAAACUGUGUCUGAUCUGUUUAUCUCGAUUUUUAUCUUCAGUUUCUGUCAUUUUGCUGCUAUCGGGUUACCCCUGAAUAGAUUUCAAAUUCAACUUCAGAUCAUUUUAAUGUAAUACAUGUUAAUUCAUGGGUAAAUAAUGACCAUGGGAGGUAUAAGAAGUUGUAGCUAUACAUUACACGAAGUUUCAUAAUAUCCGAUGAUGAUGACAGAAUAGACCAAGAAAAUGAUUUUCUCCUCUCCUGUUAUUUUAAAAUAACUAUCAUGAUCAGUGCUGACACGUGUUGGUAUUUUUCAAACUACUCCAUCAAAAUGGAGGUUCAGCUCUUAAUUUACUCAUGGUGAUUUAUGGUAUCUGAGCUCCAUACCUUUCUUUCUCUUCUCACACACACUCUUAACUCAGAGUUGAUUGAACUUUGAUCAACUGUUCGGGAACAGGAAACUCAGGCUUACAGAGUUAAUCAUCUCAGAGUUUGUUUUUUAAACUCAGAGUUUAUUGGACAUGCUUCCUGGAACAGGGCAUUGACCAGGGAAGAACUCUCAGCAUUAAUUCUUACAACUGUAUCAGAGAAACCCUGAUCUUACAUUUCAUGAUGGUUGAAGUAAAUUUUAUGUCUUAAUUCAAAUGUUUUUCCUUGUUUCUUUAAUGUUGUUUUAUAUAAAUCUAGAAACUUGUGUUUUAACUUUGUACCCUAGUCCAGUGGUUCCCAAACUUUUUUUGCUAGGCCCCCCUUUGUUAUACAAGAAAAAUGCCGCCCCCGGCGCGCGCACACACACU